CGGGGACUUCCUGCUGUCACUAACUAGGGAUUAGCCGAGUGAGCUCUCCCACUCUCCGGGAGAACCAACUCCCGUCUGCGCCGGGCUCUGCUAAGUGGGCCACAUCCUUGUGUUUGGGACACAUGCUCGCUUGAUCCCUAUGCUGAGACUGUACUUUCUUAUCAGUUUGCUGUGCUUGGUGAAAUCAGAUACAGAUGGAACAUGCCCUUCCUUCACCAGACUGAGCUUCCACAGUGCAGUGGUUGGCACAGGACUAAACGUAAGACUGAUACUCUACACACAGAGAAACCAGACCUGUGCACAACUCAUCAACUCCACAACUCUGGGGAGCUUAAAUGUGACCAAGAAAACUACCUUCAUUAUCCAUGGCUUCCGACCGACAGGCUCCCCUCCGGUGUGGAUGGAGGAGCUGGUACAGAGUUUGCUCAAUGUACAUGAGAUGAACGUGGUGGUUGUUGAUUGGAAUAGAGGAGCGACGACCGUGAUAUACACCCACGCCGCCGGCAAGACCAAAAAAGUAGCUCUUAUUUUGAAGGAAUUCAUCGAUCAGAUGUUGGCUGAAGGAGCAUCUCUGCAUGACAUUUAUAUGAUUGGAGUGAGUCUAGGAGCACACAUAGCUGGAUUUGUUGGAGAAAUGUAUGCUGGGAAGCUGGGGAGAAUCACAGGUCUUGAUCCUGCGGGCCCUUUGUUCAACGGGAAACCCCCUGAGGACAGAUUAGAUCCCAACGAUGCACAGUUCGUGGACGUCAUCCACUCGGACAUUGAUGCGCUGGGCUACAGGGAGCCACUAGGAAACAUGGACUUCUACCCGAAUGGAGGGCUGGAUCAACCGGGUUGCCCAAAGACAAUAUUUGGAGGUAUGAAGUACUUCAAGUGUGACCACCAGAUGUCCGUGUUCCUGUACAUUGCAUCCCUGCAAAACAACUGCUCCAUCAGCGCCUACCCCUGCGACUCCUAUCGGGAUUACAGGAACGGCAAGUGUGUCAGCUGUGGGGUUGGACAGAUGGUGUCCUGUCCCCUUCUGGGCUACUAUGCUGACAACUGGAAAGACUACUUGAUGGACAAAGAUCCUCCGAUGAUGAAGGCAUUCUUUGACACAGCUGAGAAAAAGCCAUUCUGCAUGUAUCAUUAUUUUGUGGACAUUAUAUCUUGGAAUAAGAACAUAAGAAGAGGGUUCAUUACAAUCAAACUGAGAGAUAAAGAUGGAAAUAUCGCAGAAUCCAGUAUUGAUCAAACAUGCAGCACUUAAGGGUCUGGAGGACACGUCACACACAGGAGGGGCAGGGCAGGACUCUGACUGGAUUUGGGUGUUCACCCAGCCACUGUUUUCACGUUUCCUUUAUGUACAUCUGAGAACUUCCUUUUUUCUGAAUAAAUCUUUAUCAAAUGUGAAUCCCUAAAUUUGAAGUUUAAAAUAUGUUUGUUCUGAGACAGGACCUCACGUAAUACAGGCGGAUCUUGAUUUCACCAAGUAGUCCAAAUUAGCCUUAUCCUUUUGCCUUUACUUCUUGGUUAAGAUCAAGACCCUGGACCAGUGAGUUGGCUCAGUGGGCAAAACCAUUUGCUGCUAAGCCUGAUGACCUGUCAUGGUGGAAUGUGAAAACCACCUUCCCCCACAAGUUGUUUUCUGACCUAUAUUGCACCAUACAUGCGUACAUCUGUACACAAAGAUAGAGAUCGUCAGACAGACAGAGAGAUGAGCUAGAUGAGAGAUGAUAGAGAGGUAGAUAGAUGAUAGAUAAGAAGGUAGAUGAGAGACGGAGAUGAUAGAGAGAUAGAUGAUAAGUAAGUAGAUAGAUGAUAGAGGUAGAUAGAUGAUAGAAAGGUAGAUAGAUGAUAGAUAGAUAGCCUACAGAGGUAACCGAACAGUUGUCUAUUAAGAGCUAAAAAGAAAAAAGGCAAACACAAGAAGGUGACCUUCUCCAGGCCUCAUGGUAAGACCUGAAGUACCUGGAAAGUUGGGCUGGAGGAUUGCAAACUCAAGGACUACUUAAGCCAGGGAGUGUGUUGAAGGAUAGGCCAGGCAACUUAGUAAAGUCCUGUCUCAAAGUCAAAAGCAGAUUUGGGAGGCUGCUCAGUGGUAGAUGGCUUGCACGAAUGGCUCUGUUAUCUGCAGUACUGGGAGAGAGGAAUUGGAGCCUUAACAUCUCUAAUGCAUGUAUUUAGAAUUAGCAUCUGGAGUCAAUCUAGAUGAUUGCAAUGAUGUCCAGUGCAUCAUAAUCAGAAACCCCAGUGAUCCUCAGGCAUCUCUCUCUGGGGAGGCCCAGCAUUGUUCUUACUCUUCCGGGAAGCUGGGAAAGGAAGCCAUAGGUAACUCACUGACAGGUACCCUGGGUUUGGGGCAAUGGGCUGGCACUAGACAUAGGUCUCAGAUUGGGAUUAGGGGGUCACACAGGUGUUUGUUACCCCAGCGGGACUGGAAUCCCAUCUAAGUCUUCACAGAGUGUGGCCCGGCCAGAAGAACUCUGGGCUGGGUUUCAUCUCCACACUGUGGCAUAUAAGCCCCAUCACACGGAGAGCCUGGACUCCACAAGCAGGUGUAGGAAUGUGCCGGAGAUUCGGACACCAUCUUGAACACAAAAGACAGUCACAGUAGUGCUCAGUCCAGUGUAUUUUUGGAGGUUAGUAGCUUCAUUUAGGCAGUUCUUCAGACUCAGAGGUCUUUGUUCACUAAAGUCAGUCUGUGCAGGCAAAGGGACCAAAGGGUCACCUUCGAGGUAGACUUGGAGGCUCGAAGCAGCUUUCUCUCAUUAGCAAUCUCCAGUCAUUUUAAAAUGCCAUUUC